CCCGCAUACUUCCUCCUACCUACCAAGCCAAUAUCUCACCUCGUUGAUCAGUUCUCGGAAAUGCUGCCUCUAGGUCUCUUGACGGCCGCGCAGGGCCAUCCUAUGCUUGUCGAGCUCAAGAACGGCGAGACGCUCAACGGACAUCUUGCCAACUGCGACAACUGGAUGAACCUCAUACUCAAGGAAGUUGUCCAGACGAGUCCAGAGGGAGAUAAGUUCUUCCGCCUACCCGAAGUCUAUGUCAGAGGAAACAACAUCAAAUACCUACGAAUUCCCGAGGAGAUAGUAGAGAUGGUAAAGGAACAACAGCAGAAGCAACCGCAGAACCGGAACCGUGGUCCUCGCGAAGGUGGCCGGGGCGAUAGAGGUCGUGGUGGAGGCCGGGGACGUGGCCGCGGUCGCGGUCGGGGCGGUAAUUAGAGAUAUUGAUCCUCAAUCCCCCUUAUUUGCUCACGAUAAGAAUGAGAAGAGACAUGAAAGAUACCCCGGGGUUGAAGUUGUGGAGGAAGGUAGCUUAUCGCUAGGGAAGUCCUUUUGGCGGAUCAAGUCGAGCAUGGCCUUGGCGUAUCUGGUUGUAUUUGUCAAAUGGGAAUUGCGCCGUCUGGGCUUCUUUUUCUUAUUUCAUUCCUGUCUAAUUCCGAGCUUAUCGGAUUAGAGAGGUAGUAAAAAACCGAGUCUAAAAGGGAAUAGCCCUCGUUUGUC